AUGAAAAACAAAAAUAUUAAUCCAGAAGUUGAUGAAGAAAAACAUUUUGAAGCCUACAACAGUAUCAGUCCUACGACGUGGACAAAAUCGGAUCCAUUGCACUUCAUCUCAGCGGUGGAGUACGGAAAUGAAAUGAUUUUUCUGCUUUCAUUCACCAGCGAGAGUGAAAAUACACGGAAAUAUAUCCAUCGCGAACUUGUAUCGUGUUUUAGAUUGGAAAAAGGUUCGUUUGAUGAGAGCAAGUGUCAAGAUAUAUUAAACACAAUGAAGAGAUUGGAUCAGUCUUAUAGUGGUGGGUUAUACACAGAUUUCCAUUCCCGGAUCACAAGCAUGUCGUUCACGUCGAUUAAGCCGGCUAGCCUCGAGGAUGUAGCAGUAGCUGUCAGGGAUUUCUUCCAGCAGACUUGGAUGAAUAACGAGGAGAAUACGCCGCUUGGUUGUGACGUCACAACGAUAACAGCAGAUACAACAAAACCGCACAUCAACCCGAGCCAAGAAACAGACAGAAGGUCAAAGCUAUUCCCCUUGCGAAUAACGCUUCAAAGUGUUGUUAAAGAAAGAAGACCUGUCAAAUCAGUAAAAGAACAAUCUGUGGAAAAACAAAACUACGAGCUCUACAAGACGCUGCUCGCUAUCGAUGAGGAAUAUAAAGAGCUUACUGAUUUCUUUGCUAAAGAAGAAUUCAAAGAUCUCGUCAACCAAGCAGAAAAAGAUACAAAAAAGGCUACAAUUUCCAAGCAGAAAGAGGAAGCGCUGAACGUUAUCCGACAAAGUAUUCUGACAUAUACUACAGAAGACACGGAACAAAAAAUAGGCGUGAUUAACGCAAAAGAAAAAGGCUUGACGCAAGCGUAUAUCAAGAGCAAAAUGUUUGUGCCACCUGGAGAGGAUCUGAAUUUGAUUUUGAUCGGCAAGACUGGGCAUGGGAAAAGCUGGACGCUGAAUUCAAUUAAGAACAUAAAUCAAUCAAACGCAACAGCAGCUACGUUUACUACAGUGUCUAGCACUACAGAAGCCUCCAAACAAAGCGUGUCUAUCGAUACACGUGUGAUCACAGUUAUUGAUACCGUUGGAGUAUUCAACACAGAGCUUGAUGAGUUGGGUAUUUACGCUGAUGCGUGUAGGAAGAUAACUGAAGGUGUGCUUUUAUGCGGCUCAAGUUUUUCUCUGGUGCUGGUGUACAAAUACGGCUCUAAAUUAACCAAUGAAGAGAAAGAGGCUAUUUCUUUGCUGAAAACCAUUCUGGGAAAAGAUGCUUUAGCUAACCAUGCUGUUUUACUCGUUACUAACGGUGAUGGUUUUAAAGCAGACCGUCUAGGCACAUUUGAUGAAUGGUUAAGAACAGAAGCUGCUGAAAAGGCUGGGUUUAAAUAUUUGUUGAAUGAAUGCGGGAACAGAUAUGUCUUAUUUGAUAACAAAACAAGUAACGGAGAUAUACUGAAAGCACAAUGCAUAUCUUUGGUAAAACAAUUAGAACAGUUAUCCAGACAGCCAUACAGUGGAGCCGCAUUUCAAAAUGCAUUAGCUCAAAGAGCUGAGUUAAUUAAACAAAAACCCGUAUUUCUGGAUUGCGCCGAUGAUAUAAUGAAUUACUUUGAAAACCAAUUUGUUUCGGGCUCACAAGUCGAUGAAAACAUGAAGAAAAAAAUUAAAAACUUGCUCGUAUUGCUGAGCCAGAAAUCACAAGAUGCUAAAUUGCAGCGACUCUGCGAUAUUUUAAAAAUUAUUAAUAACCAACUAGAUCUAAAACAAAUUCCCCAUGCUAAAAGUGUUGAAAAAUUAAUAGAAGCAGUCAAAGAAAACUCAAAGCGCUAUCAAGACAUGCAAAAUCGAUUUAGAAAGUCGAUGUAUAGUUCAUUUUCGCAGAGAUGUGCCAUCUUAUAA